AUGGGCAGAGCGAUGGUGGCCAGACUGGGGCUGGGGUUGCUGCUUCUGGCACUGCUCACACAGAUCUAGUGCCACCAAACAUCCGUUGCGCCGUUUUCAAGUAACCAGACUGUCUCUACUGCCCCAAAUCCAACUAAUGCCACUACCAAAGCAGGUGGCAGUGCCCUGCAGUCAACGGCGGGUCUCCUUGCGGUCUCGCUUUCUCUUCUACAUCUCUCCUGUUAG